UGAACGUUGAAAUAAUGACAAUUCAACUAGCUGACGGUCUCAUCAAGGCAUUUUGAAUCGCCACAAGGAUGGGACGGGAUGCCAGUGCUCACCUAGAAAAGGAACCUGGCAUAACACGUUGUUUGCGGUGGUUGGCCUUAUGGUGUUACUGUAUUGUCUUCCAAACGAGGAACACAAAAGCACGUUGCAAUUCUCUUCUAUUAUUUCCCCAUUCGUUACCUGGAAAUCGUAUCAUGACCGUUGACCAGGUUUUAUUGUAUUUUUGAUCUGCACGUUGCGAGGCACAGAGAAUAUAAAAUGACAGCACCUUGCCAUCUUACGCCCCACAGUUUCUAUCCUGCUUGUUCUGAUCUACCCAGUUUUUCGAAGCUUUAAUCAGUCAUGUGCCUCCAGGGAUCAGUACCAGUCGCACAUGAUCGUCGCGGUAUACCCCCUUCGCGGAGGUGUCCAGUUUGUCCAGAGGAUAACGUGGGCAAUCUCAGGGAACAUCUGUGGCUGCAUAAACAAGCAAAUGGCGCAGUAUUUACCAAGCAAGAAAGAGCCCACAAAUGUCCAUGGCCAAAUUGUCGUUUCUGGCUUACCCGUUGUUCCAAUAUGAAGUCACAUUUCAAGACGCAGCGAAAAAGAUACUCUAUGCCCUCAUCUGGUAGAUUGGCGUCCAGGAAGACGAACCCCAUGCGACUGGCGUGUUGGUACCAAAGGCACGAUUCCGUGGAUCCAUGGGUUGAGGACCCGACAGGAGCCCUCGAGCUUGCAGAACUCAAGGGAGGUACUGUCCAUUCAAAACUACGGCAAAAAAUUCAAGUCCAUCGCGAGUCUGGAUCUACAGUCAAGGGGAAAUCUCGGGACGCAUCUUCCAGCCUGACCUAUGCUCCUACGUUUGAUGAGUCUGAUAGAUCGUCGGAAACUGUCAUCGGAUUAAUUCCUAACACCCAGGCGACAAUCUCCACUUGCGACUGUGAAGAUACCAUCGAAGUCAAGUCAGAGGGUUGGAAAACAAUUACCGAGCCUUCUGCACAUGAGACAGAUAAUGAUGAAAUUGCCAGGCUGCUUCCUAACGUGGGUCGAGAACUACCUAUCGAUGGUCCUUACGCUGAUCCAACGCCGGGCUGGGCGGAGUGUCAGAUUGUCAAAAACGGUCAUCCUCAUAUACCCUCUACUGUAAUUCCGAAUUCAUAUCAUAGCCACCCCACCGCGACUAUGCAACCACUUUAUGACCGCCCCAGUUGCAUCCGUGGCCUGGUGGAUUGCCGUCCAGGAAGGAAACGUUCCUGUGACUGGAAUGGUACCCAUUGUGAUACACUGACGGACCACAGGACGAACACUCAUGGAGAUCACACAUUUCGGCACGAUUCUGUGGGUCCGUGGGCCAACGAUGAAACAGCAAACCUGGAACAUACCAAGCUCCGAGUCAAAGGUGGAGGUCUCCAACGGAACGAAGUCAAGCCUCCCAGGUUCACCACCGUAGAAGGCGACAAUACUCACGAUGCAACUGGGUUAGAAUCUAUGAACACUCAUGACUCUGGUCUCAAAGCUUCCACCUCUAAUGAGGUCAAUGACCUACGACGGCAGAAUGAUCCCUGCGCUCGAACGUCACCUCUUGGUAACUUCGUUGAGAGUCGUAGUAUCCGAAGGCCAGAAGUAGGCCGAUCCAGGAGUAAUUCAUAUCGUGUACAGCUGCCGCCUAUACGAGAAAUCCUAGGGCAGGAACUCCAAGCUGGUGUUCCUCCAACCGUAACACGCCCCGUCUACCCUGACGUCUUUCGCCCUCAAUCAAUGUAACACUGACAGUGACCCAACGUUUCACUAGAAUGGCUUUCUGACCAAGACGUCCUACUGAAAGUCUCCAAUCGAAAUUGACAGACUGCACGGAUCCCGCUUGUGUCCGCCUUUUGUCCGUCAUGCUCAAUUUAUAUGCCACCUUCAUGUCUUUAUGAUACUAUGCUCUGGUGAAAUC